AUAAUUCUAUUUCAGAAAAAAAAUACUUUAAAGAACAUCUUAAUGAAUACGAAUAAAAAAUGCUAAUUUUAAACGUUUAUAGCGUGGUUUGUCUAAUUUUACUAUCUUCCACAUUUGCGCAGGAUUAUGAUUAUGUAAGUGAAUGUCCAGAAGAAAACGGAUUUUUUGCGGACGCUGUUCAAUGUGAUAGAUACUAUGAAUGCAAGGAUGGAGAGGUGUCUGAGCAUUUGUGUGCUGACGGUUUAGUGUUUGAUGAGACGAGUCAUGGAUUUGCUAAAUGCAGUUUUCCAUUCAGUCUAAACUGUGAAGGAAGACCAGAGCUGCAGAAACCUAAACCUUCUCCAGGGUGCCCUAGAGCUAACGGAUAUUUCCCUGACCCUGACCCAACAGUAUGCGACGUCUUCCAUUUCUGUGUUGAUGGUGUACCAAACCGUGUCACGUGUCCUAGGAAAGGAUGUACCUCCAAGGACCUGCACAACUUUAACUGUCCGGAGGAAAGUAGCAAAAACCAAGAUCACUCCAGAUAUGCAGACCCAGAGGACUGUGGUUCCUUCUACCUGUGUAUUGGUGGUAAAGCUCGAAAGAAUGGUUGCGGACAAGGAUUGGUUUUCAAACAAGAAACAACCUCGUGUGAGAGACAAGAGACUGUUGAGGGUCCAUGUGCAACCUGGUUUAAUGCAACAUAUCUAGAAAGCAUUUUCCCUCCUAGAGAUGAAGCAAAAGAAAAGGCAUUUCAGGAGAGAAGAAAGCGGCCUCAGGCCCCAGAAUUCCAGAGAAAAUCUUCAUUUCAACAAAAUCGUCGGCCGGUCGAUCCUCUUCAGGAUCUAGAAUCCCUUCCUCCCCAGCUGGCGGAGUUGGCUUCAAACUCAGGCCUUGGAUUAAGAGCACAGGAGACAAGAAGACCUGGACCAGUUGAGAAUACGAUUCAAGAAGACCCAGCUGUCCAGGACGGAGAGAGACUGGAAUUCUUAGAAAGUUUAAGAGGAAGAAUUCCCCUUCAAGGGGUUAAUCGAGAUUCUCCAACCAGAAGUCCAUUUACAAGACCUCCAAAGCGGAACCCCGGAGGUCAAAGAGGCCAACCUCAAUUUUCCUCUGAAGACCGCGGUCAAAUUUCAAAUCUCUCUGAAAUUCCGGAACUUAGUGAACCUGAGACAAGUUUUGGUAGGAGACGAAUCCCACAGUCAAGAAAUCCUCAAAGUGUGAACACUGCGGAUAGUCUGGGUCCUUCAGAUCUAGAAUCAUUCUUGAACAGAGAUCAAGGAUCGUUUGGCGAUCUUCCAUCAUUUACUGCUCCUUCAGAGCAAUCUCUACCUUCCUCACUCCCGACAUUUUCAAGACCGGGGUUUAGAACUCGUCCACAAGCCUCUUCACAAUCCUCUUCAUCCUCAUCAUCAUCAUCAUCAUCUUCUUUAUCUUCUUCAAGCUCAGUGUCGUCUUCUGAUUCUUCCGACUCAGGGUUCGGAGCAAGGAGACGAGUCCCCGUGUCCAGAGGAUCAGUACCAAGGCGGGGACAGGACCAAGGUUCAGUUCUUAGGCAAGGGCAGGAACAGGACUCAGUGCCAAGAAAAGAGCAGGGUUCAGUUCAGGAACAAGAGGAACAGGAGCUUAACGCAGAGAGUGCACCAGGACGCUCUCAGGUCCGUGCCGGAGUAAGACGAAGACCUGUCGGGUCAGCUCCACGUGGAGGGGGUGGAGGAGGGAGAGGAGAUGGAGGAGAGGGUGCGAGGAAAGAACCCCUAGGAGGUAGACAACGAGGAGGAGAAGGUGUACGCCGAGAACCACAAGGACAAGGAGAAGAUGAUGGAAGACAAGAAGUACAGAGGAGAGCAAGGCCUGCUAGUCCUCAGAGUGUUUUGUCGGAGGAAACUAUUGAUAAUACCUCCGAUAACCUCUCAAACUUCCCCUCCUUCGGAGGCAGAGUGCAAGAUUCUCAGACUGACUCAGUUCCCUCUGCAGGGCCUCCACCUAAAAGGGGUAGAUUAGAGGUUACCCAGCUCAACUCUCUACCUCCACUCAGAUCCAUUGAGGAAGAAGACGACUUUUCUAAUUUCCGACUAAAUCGUCAGCAAUCCCGUGGCCGCCAAUCUUAGAUUCUUGUCAAAUCAUCAAAAUAAUAAAAUAUUAAACUUUCAAAAAAUAAGUAAUUAAUAAUUCGAAUUUAAUAGUUGUUUAGAAGAAUGUCAGUAUUAUUUAUAAAUACAAAUGUUCAUGAAUAAAUCUGUAUUGCAAUAUU